UCACAAACUCAUUUCCUCACCUCCGCCGCACACAACAUCCCAAAGUUCUCUCGAGUUCUAAGAAACAACACCACCCACCAUGACAACCCGCUUCAAGAAGAACCGCAAGAAGAGAGGACACGUGAGCGCCGGACACGGCCGUAUCGGCAAGCACAGGAAGCAUCCGGGCGGUCGCGGAAACGCCGGAGGCAUGCACCACCACCGUAUCCUCUUCGACAAGUACCAUCCUGGUUUCUUCGGCAAGGUGGGUAUGAGGUAUUUCCACAGACUCCGUAACAAGUUCCACUGCCCCAUUGUUAACCUCGACAAGCUCUGGUCCCUCGUGCCUCAAGAAGCUAGAGACAAGGCUUCUAAGGAUAGCGCUCCUGUGAUCGAUGUGACCCAGUUCGGGUUCUUUAAGGUUCUUGGUAAAGGUGUUUUGCCUGAGAACCAGCCUGUUGUUGUGAAGGCUAAGCUUGUGUCUAAGAUUGCCGAGAAGAAGAUUAAGGAGGCUGGUGGGGCUGUUGUUCUUACUGCUUAGGUUUUAUUAUCAAAUGGGUUUUUGGAAUUUUUCGUGUUUUUGUUUUGUGGGUUUUAGUUUUUUAUUGAUUUGAACGUUGUUUAGUUACUGUUGGAUCUGACAUUUUGGAUAUCUAUUUUAUGAGAAAUGUUAUAAGUUUCAAUUUUACGUAA